ACACGAAACCGUCCUCUUCUACAAAUGCAGAAAACUUCAAUCCAAGAGGAUAUAAAACCAGAAAACCAAAUCGAGUAUAUCUGGUACAAAGAUCUGUGAAGCGUUCAUCGUCGAUCCCACCUUGAGCUGUAAUAAAAGCGUGCGGUCAUAUUCGGUGACUUGAGAGUUCGAGAAUAGACACCGAUAAGGGAACUGUGGCAGAUCCAUAGUCAUCAAUGGAUGAUUCUCAGGGAGGAUCAGAGAAAGAGAAAGGAAGCUCCUCACCUUCCCCAAUUGCAGUCAUCUCGAAUUUUUGGAGAGAAUUUGAUUUGGAGAAGGAAAGGAGUCUUUUGGACGAGCAGGGACUUCGGAUCGCUGAAAAUCAGGAAAACAGUCAGAAAAACAGGCGUAAGCUUGCAGAGAGUACUCGAGAGUUCAAGAAAGCUUCAACUGAAGAAAAGUUGAGUUCAUUUAGUUCCUUGCUUAAGGCUUAUCAGGAAGAAGUUGACAAUCUUACAAAGAGAGCAAAAUUUGGAGAGAAUGCAUUCCUUAGCAUCUACCAGAAGCUUUAUGAGGCUCCAGAUCCUUAUCCAACUCUUGCUUCAAUUGCUGAGCAAGAUUUGAAAUUGUCUGAACUGGAAUCUGAGAAUCGAAAGAUGAAAGUUGAACUUGAGGAGUUCAGGACUGAAGCUACUCAUUUAAAGAAUCAACAAGCAACAAUAAGAAGACUCGAAGAGCGGAACCGCCAAUUAGAACAACAGAUGGAAGAGAAAGUGAAAGAAAUUGUGGAGAUCAAGCAACGGAGCUUUGCAGAAGAAAACCAGAAAACACUUGAGGUUCUAAAAGAAAGGGAGCGGCUGUUGCAGGACCAGUUACGGCAAGCUAAGGAUAGUGUUGCAAACAUGCAGAAAUUACAUGAACUUGCACAGAGCCAAUUGUUUGAAGUUCAAGCUCAGUCAGAGGAGGAAAGAGCAGCAAAACAAUCAGAAGUGAAUCUUCUAAUGGAUGAAGUAGAACGAGCUCAAACACGUCUACUUAGCCUUGAAAGGGAAAAGGGUCUCCUGCGCUCCCAGCUGCAACCAACCAAUGGAGAAAUUGGGAAUAAGAAAACUGAUAAUUUGGAUUCAAAUAGGAUACUUGAAAGUUCAUUGAGCGCAAAAGAGAAGUUAAUCUCUGAACUGAACAUGGAACUUCACAGUAUGGAAACAACUUUAUUGAAUGAGCGAGAACAACACAUGAAUGAGAUUAAGAAUUUGAAUGCAUUACUGAAUGAAAAGGACACUGCUCUUGGGGAGUUAAAGAAGGAGCUUCAGACGAGACCCACAACCAAAUUAGUGGAUGACCUGCGCAAAAAAGUCAAGAUAUUGCAGGCAGUUGGCUAUAAUUCAAUUGAGGCUGAAGAUUGGGAACUAGCUACAAGUGGAGAAGAAAUGAGCAAAUUGGAGACCCUACUUCUUGAUAAGAACCGGAAAAUGGAACAUGAACUCACACAGUUGAAGAUCAAACUUUCUGAGAAAACAUCUCUGUUGGAAACGGCAGAAGCUAAGGUUGCAGAAGUAACUGCAAAGGUGAACGAACAGCAAAAGUUAAUAGCAAAGCUUGAAGAUGAUAUAUCGAAGGGCUACAGCUCCGCAGAUCGAAAAGGAACUCUGUUUGAUGAGUGGGAACUUCAAGAGAUUGGAGGAACAGAAGUAUCUGAGAAUGCAGAUCAAAAACAUGUUUCCUCGGAUCAAGAUCAAAGUUCAAUGCUUAGAGUGAUCUGCAAUCAGCGAGAUCGGUUUCGUACACGUUUGCGAGAGACAGAAGAGGAAGUGAGGCAGUUGAAGGAAAAGAUAGGGCUGCUAACAGAAGAACUGGAAAAAACAAAAGCUGAUAAUGUGAAACUUUAUGGGAAAAUCCGCUAUGUCCAGGACUACAACCAAGAAAAACUUGUAUCUAGAGGAUCAAAGAAGCAGUUAGAUAUUGAAAGUGGCUUUAAUUCAGAUGUUGAAUCCAAGUACAGAAAGAUAUAUGAAGAUGACAUAAAUCCUUUUGCAGCAUUUUCAAAAAAGGAAAGGGACCAAAGGUACAAGGAACUGGGGUUCAGGGACAAAAUCACACUUAGCAGUGGUCGUUUUCUUCUGGGUAACAAAUAUGCUCGAACUUUCGUAUUCUUCUAUUCUAUCGGAUUGCAUCUUUUGGUGUUCACCUGUUUAUACAGGAUGUCUGCUUUGAGCCAUCUCAGCACAACGAGUGGCCAUGAGGAAUCUCUUGUGACUGAUGUGAAGAAUCUUCCACAUGCCCUUUGAGUGUUCAUUGAUAAAUUUUGAUUCCACUGAUUGCCCCUUGUAAAUGAUGGAUGGAUUUCAAAUGACAAUCAUUGAGUAAAUAUCCUGACAAUGUAUAUAACAAAAAAUUGCAGUACUUUUGUUUUAUGAGACCAAUACUUUUUUUUUGGUUGA